AUGGAGAACAUCUCAGUGGAGGCUGACCGAAAACACAUCCUGGCGUACAGCAUAGAUGCCAUCCUCUGCCUCAGUGACCCGAAGCUCAGCCUGGAGCCAGCGCUGGAGUCGCGCCUCCUGUGGGCCGCCGUAGAGAAGAGCUUCCUGGCCAUAUCGCAACCAGGUAGGUCCCCCUGCCACUGCCAUGUCCCACAAGUCCUGCAGCGGCUGUAUGAGGAGUACCUGGAGGGCCUGCUGUGCUGUGUCUUGUCCAGCGCCCCCAGCCUGGCCAAGCUCUACUCCAUCUGGGAGCACUUUACAUCAUGGAUUGAGCCGUCGGAUGCCCAGCACCGUGCACUGGGCAUGAAGAUGUUUACUGGUGUCAUUGCCUUUGCUGUACAGCUCCUCCCACAGUUUGAGGGCUCCCCUGACAUACCGGAGGUUGGAGACAUGGCAGCCUGCCUGGGUCUGGUGAUCAACGACCCGGAGAAGACCAUCAGCUGCAAGGCCAGGGCGGGCAUGUAUUUGCUCGCUCAAAUCCUCCUUCACCAGAGGGGACAAGACAUGCGAGGGGCAGAGGAGCUGCGGUGCAAGCACCAGAUGGAGCAGAGCCAGGUCCAGAAGUACAGGGACCUGGCGAGAGUGGGAGAGGGCCUGACAAAGAUCUUGCUGGAGGAGCAGAGAAAAUCUUUCCUGCAGAGGGCCCUUCUUGCAGUUCACAGUGGACAGAUGCACAUCAGCCAAGCUGGGCUUGUCUUCCUGUAUGCAAUCCUGGGGGAAGCCAGCUGCUUGAUGGGACACAAGGAGAAAGAAAUCCCCAUCAGGGUCCUGAACAAGCUGUUUAUCAUCACCGGCUUGAAGGAGCUGCCUAAAGAUCUGCAAGGGCACAGCCUGCUGGUCACCUCCUCCAGCGCCCUCGCCUCUCUCCAGCCGCCCACACUUGCUCCUGCAGCAACGACUGCAGACCACCUUGACUCAGGCAGCACGUCCCUGAGCAAAGACGACCUCCCCAACCUCCCCGGGAGCCCGGCAGCUACAAAGAAAAGCUGGAACAGCGCCGAAGCCACCGCACACGUCACCAACUGA